AACUUUAUACAGAAUGUCUAAAGCAGAAUCCGAGUAUGUCAAGUUAAUUAGUAGUGAUGGUUUUGAGUUUGUAAUUCACCGUGAAGCUGCUAUUCGUUCUGGUACUAUUAAGAAUAUGUUGUGUGGUCCUGUUCAAUUUAGAGAAUCGCUUGAUAAUGAAAUCACAUUUCGCGAUAUAAAAGGUGCCAUUCUUGAGAUUGUAUGCAGAUAUCUUUACUACAGAUGGCAAUACGAAGGCUCCACAACAGAAAUACCCGAAUUCAAAGUGGAUCCUGAAGUCGUUUUAGAGACUUUAAUGACAGCAGACUUUUUAGAAUGUUAA